CAACACAAGCAUGGAAAACUGCUUUUUGUCGUAUCAGUGUGUUCGUUGGUCAAGUGGUUGAAUCAGCAGCCUCGCCAGCCCACAAGCCGAACCGCUUGAAAUUGUUCCUUUUACGCUCACAGUAUCUUUGAGUCCGCAGUCGUUUUCACACAGUGCCAGCUCGUGUGAUACACAGUCCGUACCGAGUCAGUCAUUGUCCAGCACUCAGCCACAACGCAACACAAUGUUCUCCGCCCUGUUGGACGCCGCGCGUAACUCGCCCUUCAAGGCCCCAUUCAGCCGGGCCCAGUGCGAAUCCAGUGAGCAAAAGUCGCUGGUGCCCUCGAGUGGGCGCACCAUCCAGGCUGCCUCUACCAAGGAGGUCGAAUUCGGUUCGAACGAGUUUUUCGGACUGUGUGCCGUGGGUGGUAUUCUGUCCUGUGGUCUGACGCACACCGCCGUUGUGCCGCUAGAUUUGGUCAAGUGCCGUCUGCAGGUCGAUGCCGCCAAGUACAAGAAUCUGUUCCAUGGCUUUAAGGUCACCGUCGCCGAAGAGGGUGCCCGCGGUCUUGCCAAGGGAUGGGCUCCGACUUUCUUCGGAUACUCGGCACAGGGCGCCUUCAAAUUCGGUCUGUAUGAAGUGUUCAAAAUCCAGUACGCCAACAUGAUUGGCGAGGAGAAUGCCUACCUGUACCGCACCUGGGUGUAUCUGAGUGCAUCCGCCUCGGCUGAGUUCUUCGCCGACAUCGCCCUGUCGCCGUUGGAGGCCGCUAAGGUCAAAAUUCAGACCACUCCCGGCUAUGCCAACAACAUGCGGCAAGCCAUGCCCAAGAUGAUGGGUGAGGAAGGUAUUGCCGCCUUCUACAAGGGUUUGGUGCCGCUAUGGUGCCGUCAGAUCCCGUACACCAUGAUGAAGUUCGCCUGCUUCGAACGUACCGUCGAGCUGUUGUACAAACACGUUGUACCGAAGCCACGUGCCGAUUGCACCAAGGGAGAACAGCUGGUGGUCACAUUCGCCGCUGGUUACAUCGCCGGUGUGUUCUGUGCCGUUGUGUCUCAUCCAGCCGAUGUCGUCGUAUCCAAACUGAACCAGGCUAAGGGAUCCAGCUCCAUCGAUGUGGCCAAGAAGCUCGGUUUCAUGGGCAUGUGGAAUGGUCUGACGCCGCGUAUCAUCAUGAUCGGUACCCUGACCGCCCUGCAGUGGUUCAUCUACGAUGGUGUCAAAGUUGCCCUGAACAUUCCCCGCCCACCCCCACCAGAGAUGCCAGAGUCGCUGAAGAAGAAGCUGGGAGUCGAAUAAGUUUGUGUAGUGAAUGCUGUAAACAAAUUGUGAUUAAGAAAUAAGUUUUAACCACGUCGUCGAAGCUGUACAGUGAAACGUGUGUGAAGCAAAACGUGUAUUGUUCGAACCAGGAGUUCGACUUUUGUAAGAUCAAAGUAAUAAAAAAUACGGGAAAGUGUAUUUAAAUCAAAAUGAA